AUGGGUAGAGGUAGAGGAAAGGGAAAGAGGUUGACUGUCACCAAUCAUGACGAUCCUGGAAGUGAUGACAGUGAGAAUGGAAAGGCUGGUAUUGCAAGCAAGGAGAUCAAAAGCCCCUCUGUGGCAGAGAAUGGUAAGAAGAGGAAGCGGUACUCACAGGUGAAGGAGAAGUCAGAUUCGGUUAAGGAGGAAAAUGGUAUUGGGACACGAUCAAGCACCGAUGACUCAACUAAGUCUAAUGGAUUUCGGCAUAAUGGGAGCAGACGGAAAAACAAGCCCCGUCGAGCUGCUGAAGCCGGUGUUGAAUGCAAGUGA